UUCACGCUCGCAUUUUAAGGCAAACUCGUUCUUUCACCCUUUAAGUGAACAAACGGGAACGAAAUUUGUGAGUUGCUAUAAGGUUGCAUAUUAAUGUUCCAUAAGUUGCAGAUUACGUAAAAAAUCCAUUUUGCAGAACUCCGUUUUUGAAUUAUUGCAGAAGCUACAAAAUCUAUCUAGUGAAAACGCAGCUCCUGCUGGAAGCAGCAGCAUGGUGUUGCCUAAGAAGGAUGAAGGAAGCAGAACAGGUCUGGAUUGCGUUAGAGGAAUGCCUCUUUCCUUCCUUCCCACAUAUUUUGCUUCAUGAUAUUGUCUUUGUUGUGGGCGGUGCUCUUGCAUGGUCGUUGUUAGAUGGUGUGGCCUUCGCCGGUGCUACGAUGCCUAAAUGCUUACAUGGUCGCCUCUCAACGUCUCUCCGAUGUUAUGAAAGCUUGCAUCAAGCUCGGAACUGCCUCUCAUGGCGAAAGCAUCCAUGCCCACCUCGUUACGUCCGGAUUUCUACCAGGUUCCGUCUUUCUGUCCAACCACCUGAUCGAUAUGUACGGGAAAUUUCGGCUUCCAGACAGUGCACGCCGGGUUUUUGAAGAAAUCCCUCAAAGGAACGCUUUCUCCUGGAACAUUUUGAUGAUGGGUUUUGCUGACUGCGGAAGGAUCACAGAUGCACUCCAGCUGUUCGGCGAAAUGCCUGAACUGGAGCGAGAUGAAGUUUCCUGGAACACCAUCAUCGCAGGAUGCGUUCAGAAUGGUCGAGGUGAGGAAGGACUAAAACUAUUCAUCCGUAUGCUUCGUGAUUCUGAGCAUAUUCCUAAUUCGUUUACCUUAGUCAGCGUCCUAAAUUCUUGUUCGAGUCUGUGUUGGAUCGGCCUUGGUUCGCAAAUUCAUUCUUUUUCCCUUAAACUGGACGCUUUGGUUGAUGACCAUUCGAUCCAGUGUGCGCUUGUAAGUAUGUACAUAAAACUUUGUGAUAUUAAGAGUGCGCAAACAGUUUUCGGAAGAAUGAUUCGUUUUGAUAUAUUAACAUGGAACUCCAUGAUGGUGGGGUUGUCCAAACUGUCAGGUGUGGAUCCUGCUCUGCAAUUGUUUAAUAGAAUGCCGGAGAGAGAUGUUGUCUCGUGGAAUACAAUCAUUUCCAUUAUGUCUCAGCAUGGUCAUGGAAUUGAGUGUCUCAAUUUGUUCCAGGAGAUGUCCAAACAGGGUUGGAGGCCAAAUGGCAUAACAUAUGCAAGUGCCCUCAGUGCUUGUGCAAGCUUGUCUGACUUAGAUUGGGGCAAGCAUUUGCAUGCUCGAAUUUUACGUGGUGAACUUCACAUUGAUGUUUAUAUAGGGAGCGCUCUUGUAGACAUGUAUUGCAAGUGUGGCUUAUUAGACUGUGCAAAACGAUUAUUUGAUUUGUUGCCUGAGCGUAAUGAAGUAUCGUGGACCUCCAUGAUGGCAGGCUUGGUGCAACAUGAGCUGGAAGAAGAGGCUCUUGUGCUCUUCAAAAAUAUGAUAGCAUCGCAAGAUUUUUCCGCAGAUCAUUAUGCUCUUGCUACUGUAUUGGGGAACUGCUCUAGUAAAAAGAAUAUGAAUCUUGGAGUUCAGGUCCAUGCCUAUGCAAUCAAGAAUGGCUUUGGACUUGCUGUUCCUGUUGCUAAUGCCCUUGUUAGUCUAUACGUGAAAUGUGAAAAUGUUGAAGCUGCAAAUCUUCUUUUUGAAACAAUGCCUAUAAGGGACAUAAUAUCAUGGACAACGAUGGUAACAGCAUAUUCUCAGAUGGGUCAUAUUUCGAGAGCUCGUAAUUUGUUUGAUGCCAUGCGUGAACGGAAUAUAGUAUCCUGGAAUUCGAUGAUGGCUGCAUACAUACGACAUGGGUAUGGAGAACAGGGACUGAAACUAUAUAUUGUUAUGCUGAGGGAAGAAGAGAGAAUAAGGCCAGAUUGGAUAACCUUUUCCAUUUUGCUAAAUGCUUGUGCUGAUCUCGCCACUCUGAAGCAUGGAAGCCAGAUUUUUAACCAUAUUACAAAGCUUGGGCUGGAUGCUAAUGUUUCAGUAGCCAAUGGGCUAAUUGCUAUGUACUCAAAAUGUGGUAGAAUUAAAGAAGCCAGUACUGUCUUUGAUUUGAUCGUUGAUAAGGAUUUGGUUUCUUGGAAUUCCUUGAUGACAGGAUAUGCACAGCAUGGACAAGGGAAGAGGGUUAUUGAGAUCUUUGAGAAGAUGUUGCAAGCUGGCAUAAAACCUGAUCAUAUCAGUUAUGUUGCUGUUCUCUCUGGUUGCAGUCAUGCAGGGCUAUUAUCAGAAGGUCAAUUGUAUUUCGAUUCUAUGAGCAAGCUCCACGGACUUUCUCCAAUUCCUGAGCAUUAUACCUGCUUGAUAGACAUGCUUGGUCGAGCUGGAUACCUUGAAGACGCUGAGAAGGUUGUUGAUCAAAUGGACUUUCAACCUAAUGCUGACAUAUGGGGAGCACUGCUUAGUGCAUGCAGGAUCUAUGGCAAUACCGAACUUGCUGAACGUGCAGCAAGUGAACUGUUCAAGUUGGACCCGAAGGACUCUGGGAGCUAUGUGUUGCUAGCAAAUAUGUAUCUAGAUGGUGACAAUCUGGGCGAAGCUUCCAGGGUCAGGAAGUUAAUGCAUGAAAGAGGAGUGAGAAAGCAUCCCGGUUGUAGCUGGAUUGAGGUUGAUAAUAGGAUCCAUUCAUUUACAGUUAGCAACCUGAACCAUCCACAAAUGGAUGGUAUAUUGAAGACAUUGGAUGACUUGAUUACGAGGAUUGAAGUACUGGGCUACGUAAGAAACAAUAACUUUAGGUCUCUGAGUCACCACAGUGAGAAGUUGGCAGUUGCUUUUGGACUACUCAGCGUUCCUGCUGGAAGGCCCAUAGAGGUAAUGAAGAAUCUUCGUGUCUGCAGGGAUUGUCAUCUGGUCAUCAAAUUAGUAUCUGCUGUUACGGGAAGGGAACUGGUUGUUAGAGAUGCCAGCCGCUUCCAUCACUUCAAAGACGGGAUCUGCUCGUGUGAUGAUUACUGGUAGCAACUGUAAAUUGAUCUGUAAAUAAGUUUUGGACAUUCAUUAGGUCUCUGAAGCAUCGUCUAAACCAUUCUUGGUUGGGCCUCCAAGCACAGUUUGCUCCUAGGGAUGGCAAAAAUAGUCUGCCGUGCGGGCGCGGGUUCCGAAGUUUUGCAUGCAUAUUGAACAGAAAAAUAGGAUGCUGCUUGGCUUGAAGGACUCACGUGUACUGCAUGAGUUGUUGCUUGUCAUUCUAAUCAGGUGGGUGACUACCCAACCCCAGAUGACCAUACCAACAAAAGGGUUAAAAUCUGUAUGCCACGACCGCGAGUUACUGUUUCAAUUUGGACAUUCAAUUCUUUUGUUUUCACUCUUAUGAAAAAGGAAAUACUGUAUUUCAGUUUUGUAUCA